GGUAGAUUUACGAAGGAUGAUGGACGAAGUGGGCUUGACGACGGUCCGCGCCGCCUGCCCACGGACACAGUGGGUACCGGACGACGCCCGGCCCUCCUGCGUCGGUUGCGACAAGACCUUCUACCUCCUCCGCCGACGCCACCACUGCCGCGUCUGCGGCGACAUUGUCUGCGGCCGCUGCCGCCGCACCGUCUACCUCCUCAACACGACAACAAACGUCGGCCACGCGUGUCCCGGCUGCGCCUCGGCGCCCGAGACGGAGCGUAUGACACGCAGCAUGGAGCGGCCGCCAGCUACAAAUACGGUCGGGUCUACAACCUGGGGCGACCUCCAGGCGGCGGCCACCGAGUGCGCGAUCUGCAUCGAGCCCUACCGGGACGCGCGCGAGCUCGUCGCGCAGCUGCCGUGCGAGCACGUCUUCCACACUCGCUGCAUUGACCCAUGGCUGGCCGGCCACGACGCCUGUCCGCUAUGUCGCCAGCACGUGUCCCUGCGUCUCGAGGUCAUGCGCCAGUAUCUCUCCUUCUAACUUAACCGAAACUCAAGAUGAAGAAACCAUUCACGCCCCAUGAGGCGAUUCCAGACUGAUUGACGCGGGUCCAACUUGGCUCUCAUUGAAGAGACGCGAGCGCGUGCUGCACCUUGGCGCGCA